CGCGGGCUGCUGAAACCGAAAGUGCGGUGCUGUGGCCGCUGCUGGGAGUGCUUCUCACCUUCACCUGCGCCGGUCCUCGCUGACCCCGGUCGGAAGCCAGAGAGUAAAAUAUGAACGGAAGAGUGGAUUACGUGGUUACCGAGGAAGAGAUCAAUCUCACCAGAGGACCGUCAGGGCUGGGCUUCAACAUCGUCGGUGGGACAGAUCAGCAGUAUGUCUCCAAUGACAGUGGCAUCUUCGUCAGCCGCAUCAAAGAGAACGGGGCUGCAGCCCUGGAUGGGCGGCUCCAGGAGGGUGAUAAGAUCCUCUCGGUCAACGGCCAAGACCUAAAGAACCUGCUGCACCAGGAUGCUGUAGACCUCUUCCGUAACGCAGGCUAUGCUGUGUCCCUGAGAGUACAACACAGGUUACAGGUGCAGAAUGGGCCCAUAGGACCUCAAGGUGAAGGGGAGCCAAGUGGUAUUCCCCUAACUAUGGUGCUGGUGCCAGUGUUUGCCCUCACCAUGGUAGCAGCCUGGGCCUUCAUGAGAUACCGGCAACGACUUUGAAAAACUUGCUUUCUUCCUGUGCUCCCAAAGAAGAAGAUACAUUUCUCUUUUUCUCUCACCCUCUCCUGCCAAUCUUCCAUAACUGUCCCUCUACAUAGCCAGCUCAUGAUUUCAAGAGACUGCUACUCAACCAGAAUCUUGCUAUUCGAAAUCUCUGAAUCCUCAUAUUCUCAUGGGAGAGUAAAGGCAGUGUUUGAAGGAAACCCUAAAGAAGGACUUGCCUAGAACAAACGAAGAGUUAUGUAUUUUACUAGAACCGCCAAUAGAAGUUCAGCUACAACCCAAAAAAUGGGAAAGGUCCAGUCUUCCCAUCACCUUGCAGUAUUCCUUUUUUUCUUACCUGGCAUGUGUCAAAGGCCAGCUGUAAUAAGAGGAAAAAAGGAUUUUUCUCUUUAAUGAUCUUCCUUGGGAAGUUUUUGUGGCCUUUUAUUUAAUUUCUAACUAUUACUACCUACUUGGGCACCUACUUUGUAUCAAACAAAGAUGAAUGAGAAGAACAUUUCUACUUUAAAAAAAAAGCAAAUAUAUAUAUACAUACACACACACACACACACAUAUAUAUAUAUACAUACAUAUUCAUGUAUGAUAGUAUAAUAUUGAUGCCUUAUGGAGAAUUAAAGAAGUGGAAAGCAACUCUGGUUUCUGGGUUUCUGCUGUAAGGAUUAAGUGAUAGUCUUCAAUUGAAAAAUUCAGUAUGAAGCAAGAGUAAUAGAAUGAGACUUAAAAGAGGAUAUAGCAAUCUGAGUCAUUAAAAAAAAAAAAAAAAACUAAAGCAACUGAUUAAAAAUCUUAGAACAGUGUUUCUUCUUCAUAAUACCUAUGGGACAGCUGAGGUAAAAUGCCAUAAUCCAGCUUUGUGCAAGUAAGUCUUUAAAAAACUUGGGAAAUGUAAAUGUAAAUCAUACUAGUCUCUGGACUACGCUAGUGACUGUUUUGGGUACCUUAUAGUCCUGUUAAAGGGUCAACUGGAAUGACUGUAGUCAGAGCUCUGAGGCCAAACCAACCCAGUGAAGAAAACUCAGGCCAUCUACCAGUCUUUCCUGUUUCUGUUAACAGGCAAACUCUGAGAGAGGGACUGCUCCCCAGUGGGAUGGGCAUGUAAUCAGCUCUCCUUCGAUUCAGUUAAGUUGAAACGGUUUGGUUUGCUGAUUUUUCUUUUUUUGAAAGGUUCUAAGCACUGGUUAUGGCUUUUAAUGAAUGGACUAUUUUACAAGGAAGGGGAAGAAAGUUUUGUUUGUUUUAGGGGCUCUGGAAGUUUGGUGUCUGUUUUGUGGGGAAAACUUAUGGAUGACUGGAUAUUAGGGAAUACCAAGGGCACUAAUGAGGUGGGAACCCUCCUGUUCUUAUGGUAUUGAAGGCUGAUUUUAAAGCACUCAUGAGAGCUGAACCAAGGCUAAUUUUCUGGCUUAAAGAAAAUCAUUUCCAUCCCCUAUGUAUACUUGGCAGGCUAUAGGCUUUACAUAAUCUUGGCAGCAAGAGUAUGAAAACUUUCCCUCAGGACUCAAGAAGUCAGUUGUGUCCAAUUUUUAGCAUGGAUAAUCUGAUAAAAAUUUUGCAGAUGUCUAUUGGACAUCAGGUUUGUUAAGACUUUUACAAAGAAGCAAAAUACAUAGCCUCCAUCCUGAAGGGUUUUUUUUUUUUUGGAGGGGGGUUUCCAUUUGGGAAGAGAACACCUUUACACAUAAAAUAGUAUACAGUUAACCUCCAUAGGCAGGGCAUUGCAAGUUAGGGUCAAAUUUAUAUUGCAAACAACAAAAGGGAUGGUUAGUGAGAGUUGAGGCACUUGAGAAAGUUCUGUGGAGGAAGAGGUCAAGUUAAGGACCCUUGGUUCAUAGUCUAGUUAAGAGAAUUUAUAAAUAGAUGAGAAGUUGAAAGUAUAUCUUAAGGUUAAGUAAUAGUUGAGAACAAUAAUAAAAGAAAUGGCACUAUUCAGAAUAUGAUGCAGCAACAAAGACGUGCACUUUUUUUUUUUUUAAGGAAUUCAGAAAAAGAAAGCUGUUGAUGGCAUCAGGCCAAAGUGGAAAGAGAAGGCUUUUAAAACUAAAAAUCUCAGAUAAGACUUUGCCUCUGGGUCACCUAUUGGUAGAAGAAGAAACUUUCUGUAAAUGAUCCUGAGGAUUUCUGCCUCCAGACCUAAACAGUUUAAUACCUCUGAGGCUCAACUUAGACAACUGCAUUCCUAGAUUCCAUGGUGAAACCCUCACAGUAUUCCAGUUCUCACCUCAACCAGCCCCACUGUGGAGGCGCAACCUCGGGUGCCCUUCCUGUAUUGGGAGGAAUGUACAGCAGCUUCUGCAGUGGGCCUGCUUUCCUCCCAGGAUUCCUCUUGAGGUUUGAACAUUAACUCCUGAGGAGACCUUGAGACAUAUAACAGGAAGCAAUAGGCAAGCAGGAUGGAAAGCUAUUUCAUCUUUUGUGUGUUGGUAUAUGUAAAUAAAAACACCCAUCGCAUCAUUGGUAGAAGUUUUGCUUUGAUAAGAGGGAUUCUGAUACACUAAUAAUUAAGGUUUUCUCUGGAAUUGUAUUUAAAAGUCAAUAGGGACUUCUCUGAUGGUCCAGUGGUUAAGAAUCCACCUUCCAAUGCAGGGGACGCAGGUUUGAUCCCUGGUCAGGGGACUAAGGUCUCUCAUGCCUCAAGGCAUCUAAGUCUGUACCACAGCUACUGACCCCAAAGUGUGCUAGAGCCCAUGAGUCACAGCUGAGACCUGAUGCAGCCUAAUUAAUUAAAAAAUAAAUAUCAGUAUAUUAAAAGGUUUAGGCAAGUAUGCUAUUUCAAUUAUAUUCUUAUUUCUGAUUUUCUAGAGAAUUAAAUUUCAUCAUAAGUAUUGGAGUCCAUUGUAGGUCAUUAAAACAUUCAUGCUCUUUGUAGAUCAAAUCUAACAUUUCUAUCACUUUAUCAGUUGUAUCUAAUAUUCCUUGCACUUAAAUUACAGUGUUCAAAAUGUUCACAGUUUUAAAGAUUGAAUGAAAUUAUCUUUUAAGACAUUUACUUAAAACACUUCUCUACAUUUAUCAUUCUAUGUUAUAUAUACAGUUCUAAUGAGACAUUGUUUGCUUCAAUUCUCUGUUAUCUUUUCCUGCCAAGUUUUAACCAAUGCUGUUAACUUAUUCAUACCAUCUAGCCAUGUGUAACAGAAACAGGAAAUGAAUACCUGUUAAUUGCAUUCUGUGCCAAGUGAUUGGUAACACUGUUGAGGCCUCACAACUCUGAGGUCUAGGUGUUGUUAAAAAGACAGUAAAGAAAAGAAUAAGUUGCUUUCUAAGAUUGCAUAGGUGGUAAUAAUAGAAUCAGGAUUUAAACUCAGGACUUCAGGUGCCACCACCAAAGAUACUUCCCUACUGGCAGUGGUUCUCAAAGUGAGGUCUCUGGACAAAAGCAUCAGCAUUACCUGGGAAUUUGCUAGAAAAGCAAAUUCUUGGGCUCUACCCUAGGAGUCAGAAAUUUAGUAGGGCACCCAGAAAUAAGUUUUAAUAAUCCUUCCAGGUAACUGAUGCACACUGAAGUUUGAGAAUCACUGGUCUAUGCCAAUAGUCACCUUUUUCUCAGGUCAGAAUCACCUGGAGAGCUUAUAAAAUUUCUAAAUAUCCAGGCUGCACCUAGAUCAAUGAAGCAGAAUCUCUAAGGGUGGGAACAGGGCAGCAGUAAAACAGUUCAUCAGGUGAUUCCACUGUGCAGUGUCAGGGGUAAAAAAAGCUAUGUAUUACAUCCAGGCAUUGCUCCAACCCAAAAUAAGAAUUUCACUCAGGCCUUUUUGGAGCCCAGCCCUCCAUUAGCUUAUGCCUCAAGUAUAGAUAUGAAACAAGAAGUGGAGCAUUCUUUGGCUGUCGAUUUGUUAGGGACUGACCAACUUCCAGCAAAAUAUAUUAGCAUGUCAGUGUGUGCAUCUAUUGAAACUGAAUCAUAGAACAUUGAAACUGAAAGAAUCUAGGGUGAAUCUGUCUUAAAGGCGAGAAAAUCAGGGCUUGGAGGUGUAAACUAACAACCCAGAUUGAAGAGUCUGUUGCAGAAGUGCCCUUUCUGUCUUAAAUGUCUUGAAUGUAUCCACUAUAUGAACAUAGACAAAACUAUCCUUUUUAUCUCACUUCCAUCUUCUUUCUUUGGGCCUUGAAUAAAGAUCAGAGAACUGAUAGACAGCUGAAGGUAUUUUUGCAAGCAUCAUGCCUGAUUGGGAGAUCGCACAGAAUAAUCUGAGAAAGAUCUGCCCUCUUUAAAAAAAAAAAGCACAACAUGAGAGUUUGGAGUUAAGUUUUAUUUGCAGCAAAAUGAGGACUAUAGUCCAGGAGACAGCAUUUAAGAUAACUCUGAGAAACUGCUCCAAAGCACGUGUUUUUGUGUGUGUGUGUGCAAAAGCUUUCUGUUAGUCACAAGGAACAGCUGUUACCAUGAAAGGUAUAGUGUUUUUCUAGAUAUGAGGAGGUACAAGAAUUGGGCUUAUAAAAUCAGCUCCUGGAAAUAUCUAUCUGAAGACCUGUUCUGCUGAGUUUUCCCAGAGCACAGUGCUUCAUUGCUAUCUCCACGUUGAACUCCUUUCAGGGGUGUUGAAAAUCAGUAGCAAAGUCUAAAAACGAUGCUGAUCUUCGGCAGCAGCUCAUGAUUUAAUCCUUAUGGAGGCAGAUGGCAAGUGCCAAUUUGGAGUUGACCUAGUAUCAAAUUGAAUCAGAUGAGCUCUUCUGUGACUGAUUUCAAUAGUUCAAAACUAGAGAAGUAUGGUUUGUUUUUAACAUUGGACAUCGUUUUUGUUGUGUAAAUAAGCAAUUUUUAAAAAUGAAACAACAUAAGGUUCUCAACUGUGUGGGAGAGUAGAGUUCAUGUAAUUUCAUGUGAAGCUGAUCAAGAUUUUAUUCCAAUC